GGAUGCAAUGCUCAUUCUGCAACUACCAAUGGCUCGCCAGACUAUGUCUUUCGUUGCAGUUGCUGCAUCCGGAUGAUCCCUGAAUCCGCUCCGGUCUACAUGCGCGAUGAUCUCACCUACUGCAGCUCAAGCUGCCGCGAUCGCGGGCUGUCGAGGCUCUACGUGAACCUGAAGCAGAGUCAGUUGGAGGGUCCUCGACUGCCUUCAGGCGCUUCCCUGCAGACUGCCAGCAACUACAAGUCCGAGUCAUCUUUGGCCACCAAGACCGAGCGCACCGAAAUCACUGAAGUGACGGAGAUCAGUACUAGCGAGGAGAUGGACUGGGGACGUCUGGGCCGCCUGGCCAAGAUUGGUCAGCGUGUGAUCGACGCUCUCCUGAAGCGAGUGGCCUCAAAGACUUGGGGUGCGCAGGUCUUGCGAACUUACUCCACAAGUGUGCUGUGGGGAAGAGAGGUGGCCGAGAACUCCGCCGUUGCUCCCCUGUUCAACUAUCUUCCACAGGUGGAUCAAUACAUGCAGAAAGACCUCUCCUUCGAUAUGUCUCCACGUUCGGAUGCCGUUGAUAUUUUGGACAUCCCCAUGUGCGUAUACUGAAGGAAGGUGAUUUGAGUUGGCAGGAGGGUAAAAUGGCGGAGAUUGGACGAGAACGCGAGUGUUAAGUGAAUUCAUCGAAUUGCUGCAAUUUCUUAAGUCUUUCAUAACUGUCUGAAGACUUGCCUGGUGUUUCAAGGGACAUCGCAGCAGAUUCCAGCAGAUUGCAGAACAUUUGCUGGAAGUCUGAUGCGUGUCGACCCCGUUGGCCACGAGGGGUAGAGGCUGCACUGGAAAGC